AUGACGGAUGAGGAGUGUCGAAUAUGCCGAGAGCCUGGUGAGCUCCAUCGGCCACUGCGAAGUCCCUGCAAGUGCGCCGGGUCCGUUCGGUACGUCCACGAAGACUGCUUGCACGUUUGGCUAAGAACGACCGGGUACUCGCACUGCGAACUCUGUGGAACAGCGUAUCGCUUUGAGCCCGUCUAUCGAGCGGAUGCACCGACCACGCUGAGGUUGGCGGAUCUUUUCUGGGGUCUGAGCGACCUUGUUGCGUCCGGCUACGCUCGGCUGGCUCGUGCCUCGCUGGUCGCUGCGGCGUGGCUGCUCGUCGUGCCGUACGCUACCUGGAUCAUUUGGUACGCUGGGUUCUCGAAGAGUUGGACAGAUCUUGAACAGAUUAAAAACGUCGGAAACUUAUCGACGAUCGUGACUCGGCUGUCGUUAGGUCUGGUUUUGUGUAUCCUGAUUUUUCUCGCGUGCCUCGGACUGAACGCCAUCCAAGAGCACGGUCGCGAGGAGUCGCGCCGAACACUCCAGUCCCUGACAAACCGUCGUGUGGGGCAAACGGGUUACGCUCGUCGAGUGCCGCAUCCUCUUCACCGGCGGCGGUCUCUCUGGGCGAGGCAGGGCAUUGCAGUGCCUGCGGCAGGCACGCAGUUCCCGUUGACAGAGGAGCGUAGUCUAGGCUCGAUGGCAGGUAUCGAAGAUGAUGCAGGCGGCUCUGAAGAGAGCGAUGAUUCCUGGCCUUCUUCGAUGACGAGCACGCCUGCAGGAGAAGGGCGGACAGCACCGUCGGCAGCGCCAAGCCCCCAAGAAACGCAGUGGACGACGGAACCUAACGCUCCUGGGCUUUUCUCUUUCCUUGAGCAUGACAGCGGCGAAGACCUUACUUUGUCAGAAGUGCUUGGACUGAAAGGCCCGCUUGUCAAUCUGCUGACGAAUGUGAUCAUCGUCGUGAUUAGUAACGCGGUGGUCAUCGAUGUUUUCGCUGUGUCCCCGCUGCUGCUGGGCCGCUUUGUUCUCUCACUGGUUUUCCGGCUUAAGGGGCCUGUCCUCAAGUGCUUAACGCUACCUCUGGUGCACUGGGUACGUCUGAUCGCCGAUGAUGAUGUUCCGCGUUCUCUUCUAGACACCGGCGCAGCGGUAUCUGCCUCAUCGAGAAACGUUCCGAGCAUUUACAGUAUUUGUAUCGGAUACGUGGUCUUCCUGGGUCUCAUCUUGAGUUGCAUACGCUUGCUGGAGCGCGUCCACGUCAGAGGAGGCACGGCGCGCUGGCAACGUUUUCGGAACACCCUCUGGAUUCUUACCUUCGUCCAGGUCACAGCGAGAGCGAUUCUGGUGAUGAUGCUUGAGUUCAUCAUGCUUCCAUUGGUGUUCGGUAUGGCUGUGGACUUGUUUGCGUUUCCGUCGGGCCUUGGAACCGUGGAGGUGCGCUUCCGAUCGAUCCUCGAAACCGACACGAGAAAUGUGCUGAUUCACUGGACCAUCGGCAUCCUGUACAUCUCGGGCCUGUCAGUGCUUAUUGGCAUUCUGCGAGAGGUUCUGCAUCCCCGGUUGCUGCGCUUUCUGCGAGACCCGAACGAUCCCGACUUUGAUCCCUUGAGGGAGAUCGUCACGCGACCUCUGCGGUUUCAUCUGCGUCGUCUGGGGUUUUCCACCGCACUCUACGUUCCCGUGAUUGGGCUGACGGUCUACGCACCCACGCAAAUGGUGCUAUGGUUCAGCCCGAACGUCUUUCCCUUGCGUUUGGUUUCAGGGCUCGGUUCCGGUUGGGAUAUCGCCCUGUGCGCCACAGUUAUCGGUUUGUUCCUGUCGGGUUUGACUCGACUGGCACCACUCCGAUCGAUCACUCAAGAAGUGGUCGCUUUCUGGACACACCACAGCAGCCGUUUGCUAGGCCUGCAGCAUCUCGUGAUGCGCCCGACACCGCAGCGCACCGAGAGCCCGACUCCGGCUGACGUCACCUCUGUCCCGGAACCGCAGGUUCCUGCUUUCUCCUCGCGAGGAUCACUGUUGCCAGUGCGGAUCGUGCUCUUCGCUGUGCUCUGGUUCGUAUUUAUGAGCUGCAGCAUUGCACUUGUGCUGGCGAUUCCGCUUGUCAUAGGUCGAGCUGUCUCUACUUACUUGCAUGUACUGGCUGGUGAUACACUUGCCGAGAUCAAUGACCUGAUGCUCUAUGUUCUGAGCUUAACGUGUAUUGGUAUCAUUGCGACCGCUGCGCGUACUGUCUACCAGACCUAUCAGCGCGGUGAUCUGCUCGCUCUUUCGGUGUCUGUGGCGGAACACAUGACGCAGUUUCUCGCAAUAGCGGGUGCUUCGGUCAUAUGGCUCGUACUCUUACCGUAUUUGCUCGGGUGCAUCAUGGAGCGCAACUUCGCACUGUUGGCUACCGUUCCAAGCAGCGAUGUAUCCUUCGCUCGCUGGGUGCAGACGUGGCUGCGCGGGUUUUUGCCGCAAAGGGUGCUCUGGCCAGCGCUCUUCCGUCCACGAGGAACAAGUCCGAGCGAACAUCCGGCUCUUGCCGAUUGUAUUCUUCCCGAAAGACUCAUCUUUCGGCGAGGUGCGGCCCCAGUACUCGUGUUUACGAAUCUUCUACGAAUAUGUAUCUUUACUGCUUGCAUUGCGAUGCUGCCUCUUCUGUUUCAAGCGCUGCCUGGUCACGAAUCCACUCAGUCGGGGAUAUUCGUGCUCUUACACAUCGCGUACAUCAUGCUUCAACUGGGCGUGCUGGCAGUUUUUGGUCGGGAUCGCUUCUGCGACCUCUACAGAUUCUUGAUCGAGCAGAUUCGCAACAAACGUUACCUGGUUGCGAUGCGGCUCUUGGACUAUUCCGAACGAUACCAUUUCCAUGAGGGAUAG